AUGGAUGAAAAUCAUUUAAAUCAACUCUCCCUUUUUGAAUCACCUCCCGUCGAUACGACCAUUCAAACGAGAGAAUGGGUGGAAUUUAGACCUAUCAAUCAAAUAUCAGAGUACUCUGCUUUGGAAUUUAACAUACCACCACUCUCUACGGGUUACAUGGAUCUUAGAAAUAGUCGGUUAAAAGUCAAAUUGAGAAUACUGAAUUCCUUGAACAAUCCUAUCACGAAAGAAGAUGCUGUGGGUUUGGUGAAUCUACCUUUACACACCAUAUUUGCUCAGGUAGACACCAGUCUACAGCAAACCCCUGUAUCUCAGUUGGGCACAAACUAUCCUUACAAGGCCUACAUCGACACUCUCUUGACUACCUCCGCUGACAACUACGGAGUGCGAUACCCUCAACUUUUUAUUAAGGACUCCAACAAUCCCGACGAUGCCGAUCCUAUCAAGGGCCUGAAUUCAGGAUUGUACCUACGUUAUGUAUUUACUCAAGAAGGCAAAAUACUAGAUUUGGAAGGCCCCCUGCAGAUUGACCUCUUCCAGCAGGAACAUUACAAAGUUCAGAUUGUCGAUGCGAGUUUUAAGCUAUGUAUUCAGAGACCGAAUCCUGCCCUGACCAUGGCCCAUGUCAAAAUGCUAGAAAAGUCUCCUGCAAUAUAUCCUUACGUAUUUUCUAAUCUGAAAAUAGCUUCCAUCGCUAAAGGAGAAUUCGGUUUUACCAUGGACGACGUAUUUCAGGGAGAAGUUCCCUCCACCCUCAUUCUGGGACUGGUUUCUAGCAGUGCCUUUAGUGGAAGUUAUAAGAAGUCACCCUUUAACUUUCAACAUUUUGAUUGUAAUUUUGUAGCUUUCUACGUGGACGGACAGUCUUUUCCCUCCAAACCUUUACAACCCAACUAUAAUGCCGAUACUUACUUGGAAGCUUACCAAACCUUAGUUUCGGGUAGAGAAAACGUUUAUGUUGAACGUGAAGAAUACCCAAAAGGCAAUGCCCUUUACGUAUUGGACAUCAAUCCCUACAUAGAUUUUAACACAAGAAGAAAAGGGCAUUGUCGCCUAGAACUCAAAUUCGCAUUUCCAUUACCAGAGAGCGUAACAUUAAUUUUAUAUGGAAAGUUUCCACAAGUUCUCCACAUCGACCAAUCUCGAAGCAUCAUAUUCAAAUGA